GCGAUAUGACCUGACCAUGACAACGCGCACACUGUCGUAGAGCGUCGGCCGGCUUCGUCCCCUUCUUCUCUCGCAAGCUUCGUCUUCCUCUGUUAGCAACAUAUAUAAGCCAAACCGCUCCAUUUCUCUUCAAACCUCAGAGCUCAUUGCGCGGAAGCGAGAGAGAGGGAUAAAGUAAGAGAAAAAUGGCUUCCAAGCUGAAAGUCGAUGAGCUCCGAGCCAAGCUCUCACUCCGAGGUCUGGACACUACCGGCACCAAACCCAUCCUCGUUAAGAGGCUUGAAGCGGCGUUGCAGAGCGAAGAGGAGAAGGAAAAAGAGGCCGAUCCUGUUGAGGACAACCCUUCAAAUGGGGUAUCGAAUGGCCAAAGGAAGAGGAAGAGGGGUUCCAAAGUCGAUGCUGAUGAUGAGAAGGAGGAGGAAUACUUAGACGAAGAGAAGCUGGUGAAGUAUACUGUGCGUGAGUUGAAGGCGUUGGCCGCGCAAUUCGGGGUUUCGGCGACUGGAACGAAGAUGGAGCUCGUCAAGAGGCUUUCAGGUGUUGCAAAGAUCCCAAAAGAGACCGUUGAAGAGGAGGUGCCUCAAGAGAUUGAAGAGGAGAGAUUGAUCACUGCCACCAAGAAGGGAGGUGCUGUUUUGGACCAAUGGCUUCCAGAUGAUAUAAAGAAGAGUUACCAUGUCUUGCAAAAUGGAGGGGAUUUUUAUGAUGCGACAUUGAAUCAAACAAAUGUUGGAGAUAAUAACAAUAAGUUUUAUAUAAUUCAGGCUUUAGAAUCUGAUGAUGGCUUCAAGUUCAUGGUUUACUGUAGAUGGGGCAGAGUUGGAGUCAAAGGUCAAGACAAACUGCAUGGUCCUUUCACACGGGAAAGAGCAAUAAACGAAUUUCAAAUCAAGUUCUUUGAAAAGACAAAGAAUCAAUGGUCCAGCAGAAAGAACUUUGUUUGUUAUCCUAAAUGUUAUACUUUGUUAGAGAUGGACUAUGGUGAAGCUGGGGAUGAGAAGAUGCCACCUAAGAUCAUAAAAUCUGUUGAUACUCAACUUCGAGAGACAAAACUUGAGGGUCGUAUUGCAAAAUUCAUCUCAGUUAUUUGCAAUGUCAGCAUGAUGAAGCAACAGAUGCUUGAGAUAGGUUACAAUGCUGAGAAAUUGCCCCUCGGUAAGCUUAGCCAAUCGACAAUUCUGAAGGGCUAUGAUGUUUUGAGGAGAAUCUCUGACAUGGUUGGGAAAGCUGACAGGAAAAAACUCGAAGAAUUAAGUGGGGAGUUCUACACUGUGAUUCCUCAUGACUUUGGUUUUAAAAAGAUGCGCGAAUUUGUGAUUGACACUCCUUAUAAAGUAAAAUGCAAGUUGGAAAUGGUCUCAGCUUUAGGAGAGAUUGAGAUUGCAACUAAGAUUCUAGAAGAUGAUGCUGAAUCUCUGGACGAUCCUUUGCAUUCUCACUAUCAACACCUAUGCUGCGAAAUGACUCCUGUUGAAACUGACUCGAAGGAAUUUCUUAUGGUACAGAAGUACUUGAAAAACACUCACGCAGAAACGCACUCAAGCUACACGGUUGAGAUUGUACACUUAUUUAGUGUUUCAAGGAAAGGUGAAGUUGAGCGUUUCAAGAAGUUCUCCAAUCUAAAAAAUAGAAUGCUUCUAUGGCAUGGCUCUCGCUUGACAAAUUGGACUGGCAUCCUAUCACAAGGAUUACGGAUUGCUCCCCCAGAGGCUCCAGUUACCGGUUACAUGUUUGGCAAAGGAGUUUAUUUUGCGGAUAUGUUCUCAAAAAGUGCAAAUUACUGCUGUACAAGCCCUUCAUCUCCUUCAGGGGUGUUGCUUCUGUGUGAGGUCGCCUUAGGGGAUAUGGUUGAGCUACUUCAUUCAAACUGUCACGCAAAUCUCUUGCCAGUGGGGAAGUCGAGUACAAAAGGAGUUGGAGGCACAGCACCAGAUAUGUCACAGGCUGAGGUUCUUGAUGAUGGUUUAGUUGUACCCCUUGGUCAACCAAAAGAGCAGGACGGCCCGAAGGGUAGCUUGCUAUACAAUGAAUACAUAGUGUACAAUGUCGAACAGAUCAGGAUGCGAUAUGUUGUACAAGUAAAUUUCAACCACAAAUAUUGAACUUGGCCGUAUUAGUCGAUUGAUGCUUCAUCUGUUGCAGAAUUUUUAUCCCAUUUAGGCCAAGUGAGCUAGUGUAUUUGUAAGCUUCGUAUCCCAUUAUCAAAUUAUCGAGGGGUUUUCAGCAAAAACUGGGCAGUAUAAUAUUUUGAAAUUGAGAUAUCUAUGUCGAGCUUUCUCUGUAUUUCAAUGGUGAAACGUUUGAUGCAGUAGCAGUAUAGAAAGACUUGUUUUGUGGGUGUUUGUUAAAUUGCUAUAGAUUUGGAAGUGGUGCUUAUGAUUUUGGAAUUGAACUCCUCUUAUAUUAGAUUUAUGCUUCAGUA